UGUAGAGCUGUUCCUUUGUCUUUGCUGCUCGGAUCAAUUCUAAAGGGCAAUUCUUCCUCUCGAUCGCUUGCGUCCUCCAUCUUCGACAUACUACGCAUCCUUGCACCGGCCCUAAAGCAAUAGUUCCUUUGGACCCGGCUAGUUUCUCUCGUACCGACCAUCUUAUUUGACAGGAAACGCCACCAUGUCGCAGGAUGCCCAUGCCGCGAAGAAGCGUCGAAUGAACUCGGCAAAGUCGGCUCAGCUAGAGUCGCAAUCUUCCUUCCUGAAAGAGCUGGAGGAGUUGCAGGAGACAUCGCAGGCUGCCAAAGUCGAUGACCCCACGUUGCUUUGGCUUCGCCCUCCUGUCGAGAAGCUCAACCCGAAAACCGACCCAUUAGUGUUUCAACAAAUCGAGGCGGACGAGUACACGCACUCAGGAACGCAGACACCUGUUGUUCGGUUUUAUGGAGUCACAGAAACCGGAAACAGCGUCAUCUGCCAUGUCACAGGAUUUCUGCCUUACUUUUAUGUGCCGGCUCCAAUGGGCUUCAAGAUUGAGAACAUUCCAGCUCUCACCUCGGCACUAGAGGCUAAGAUGGACAGGGCCCACAGUGUCGUCAAGAUCGAGUGGAAAUUGAAGGAGUCGAUCUAUGGAUAUUACGGCGGGGAGAAGUCUCCAUUCUUGAGGAUCACCCUCAAGGAUCCUAGAAACAUCAACGUAGCCAAACGGGCCCUCGAGUCAGGCAUAUCGUUCCCAGGAUUCUCAGACUUCAAUGUGCAACAGACUUUUGAAAGCAACCUCGCCUAUCUUUUGCGGUUUAUGAUCGAUUGCAAAAUAUCUGGAGCAAACUGGAUCGAGUUACCCUCAGGAACGUAUCAACUCAAGAACGACCCACAUUCGAAUGCCCAGAUCAAUGUGGAGAUUAGUUAUGACAAGCUGAUCAGUCAUCAAGCGGAAGGAUAUUGGUCUAAGAUUGCACCCUUGCGGAUCAUGAGUUUUGAUAUCGAGUGCGCGGGUCGCAAGGGUAUCUUUCCGGAAGCAAAAGUCGAUCCAGUCAUUCAGAUUGCAUCAAUGAUCACUGUGCAAGGCGAGACCAAGCCAUUCAUUCGAAAUGUUAUGGUCCUCAACACUUGCGCGCAUAUUGUCGGAACACACACCAUGUCUUUUGAUCAGGAGGACAAAAUGCUGGACGCAUGGGCUGACUUUGUCAGGAGAGUCGACCCAGAUGUUGUGAUCGGCUACAACACAUCCAACUUCGAUUUCCCGUAUCUGUUGGAUCGUGCUAAGCAUCUUGGAGUGCUCAAAUUCCCCUUCCUCGGGCGUUUGAAUGACAUUCGGACAGAAGCCAAGGACACGAGAUUCUCAAGCAAAGCGUACGGAAACCGUGAGAACAAGGCCAUCAACAUGGAGGGUCGUCUUCAGCUCGACAUGCUGCAGGUCAUGCAGCGCGAUUAUAAGCUGCGUUCUUACACAUUGAAUUCCGUCUGCGCGGAGUUCUUGGGUGAGCAAAAGGAGGAUGUACAUCACUCGAUUAUUACGGAGCUUCAAAAUGGAAAUGACGAAACGCGUCGACGUCUUGCUGUUUACUGCUUGAAGGAUGCAUAUCUUCCCCAGCGAUUGAUGGACAAGCUGAUGUGCCUAAUCAACUACAUUGAGAUGGCAAGAGUAACGGGCGUACCUUUCAACUAUCUCUUAAGUCGUGGACAGCAGAUUAAGGUCGUUUCGCAGCUGUACCGCAAAGCGCUGGAGAAGGACUUUGUCAUUCCCGCAGUCAGUAGUCAGGGUGGUGAUGAACAGUACGAAGGAGCCACGGUUAUCGAGCCUCGCAGGGGAUAUUACGAUGUUCCUAUUGCUACACUAGAUUUUGCAUCUCUGUAUCCAUCUAUCAUGAUGGCACACAAUCUCUGUUACACCACGUUGUUGACCCCCGAUAUCAUCAAGAGAUACAAUCUCGUUAGAGAUGUGGAUUAUGUGGUGACUCCGAACAAUGACUCGUUUGUGAAGGAGAGUCGGCGGAAGGGACUGUUGCCGAUAAUUCUCACAGAUCUCCUGGAUGCCCGUAAGCGCGCCAAGGCUGACUUGAAGAAAGAAACUGACCCCUUCAAGCGCGCUGUGCUGGAUGGUCGUCAAUUGGCGUUGAAGAUCAGUGCCAACUCAGUGUACGGCUUUACCGGCGCGACUGUAGGAAAGUUGCCAUGUCUCGAGAUUUCGUCUAGUGUCACUUCAUAUGGACGAGUCAUGAUUGAAAAGACCAAGAGGGAGGUCGAGAAAACAUUCACAGUUGAGAACGGUUACAAAUAUACAGCUGAGGUUAUUUACGGAGACACGGAUUCUGUCAUGGUAAAAUUUGGCGUGAAGACGCUGGAAGAGGCCAUGGACCUCGGACGAGAGGCCGCAGAAAAGGUGACAAUGGAGUUCGAUAAGCCCAUCAAGUUGGAGUUUGAGAAGGUGUACUAUCCAUACCUAUUGAUCAAUAAGAAGCGAUAUGCUGGUCUGUACUGGACAAAGCCUGACAAAUACGACAAAAUGGAUACUAAGGGUAUCGAGACUGUGCGUCGUGAUAACUGCCGACUCGUUCAGAGUGUAAUCGAUACAUGCCUCCGCAAGAUCUUGAUCGAUCGUGAUGUUGUUGGAGCACAGGACUACACGAAGCAGAUUAUUGCCGAUUUACUCCAGAACAAGAUUGAUAUGGCACAGCUAGUGAUUACGAAAGCACUGAGCAAAACAGACUAUGCGAACAAACAGGCACACGUGGAGUUGGCAGAGCGCAUGAAGCAACGCGAUGCAGGAUCUGCGCCUGCGCUGGGCGAUCGUGUGGCCUAUGUCAUUGUCAAGGGAGGAAAGGGCGUUGCAGCAUACGACAAGUCAGAAGACCCACUCUAUGUCCUAGAGAAGAACAUCCCUAUCGACACAAAGUAUUACCUUGAUAACCAGCUCUCAAAACCCUUGCUUCGUAUCUUCGAGCCCAUUCUCGGUGAGAAAGCCGCCGAGUCCUUGCUGGCGGGAGACCAUACGAGGACAAUUCAGGUGUCAACGCCAUCGAUCGGAGGACUUAUGAAAUUUGCGGUCAAGACGGCAACGUGUCUUGGGUGUAAGACUCCUCUGAAAAAAGACGAAUCGGCUGUGUGCGCCAAUUGCAAAGAACGCGCGCCCGAGCUGUACCAGAAGCAGAGGAAUAUUGUUAACAGUCUUGAGGUCCGCUUCUCGCGACUCUGGACGCAAUGCCAGCGGUGUCAAGGGUCGCUGCACCAAGAGGUUCUUUGCACGAGUAAGGAUUGUCCUAUCUUUUACAUGCGCAAGAAGGUCCAGAAAGAGAUCCAGGAUAGCGCUGCGACCCUGGAUCGGUUUGUGGACUGGUGAAGAACGAUGUCUUUGCAGUGGAUAUGCGUUUCAGAAAAGUACUUUAUCUGUCUUCGUGAGUCAAUAAACGGGGAGAGCGUAGUACAUCUGCAUCUUCAAUUGGACACGACUCAUUGUUAUUGUGCCAACACAUCUGUCUAAGCGCGAUAUGGUCAGAUGAAUCGCGUUCAUCAACGCGGUGCGCGCAUUGAUGUUGUGUAUGUAAAAACCUAGGCGACACGCGUCUGGUCGUUCAUUUGGG